UCCCCGGAGAAAAAAGAAAAUGAGAGACGAAGACCAUCAUUCGUUGUUGUUCUUAUUCUUUCUUCGUGUUCUCUGCUACUCUCUCUCUCUCUCUCUCUCUCUCUCUCUCUCUCUCCAAGUGCGUCUCCGUUUGCAUCCUCUCUCUCUCUCUCUCUCUCUCUCUCUCUCUCUCUCUACAACAGCAUUCUCUUCGAUUACGGAAUUGAUCUCGAUUCUCGUGCUGUCCAAUCUUGUGCGAGGACUCGCUCGUCGAAUCGUACAGUCAAUCUCUUUCGAUCGAGGUAGGGAUUUGGCUUGGACAUGUGGAUGCUGCAGAGAUAAGGGAAGUUUGUUGGUGACGCUACUUUCAGAGAAAAUGUUGGAGGCACCAAAAUUUACUGGAAUUAUAGGCCUUAAUAACAACCAUGAUAAUUAUGAUCUGUCUCAAGGGUUUUACCAUAAGCUUGGAGAAGGCUCCAACAUGUCGACAGACAGCUAUGGAAGCUUGCAGAUGAGCAAUGGUGGAGGUUCUGUUGCAAUGUCCAUUGAUAACAGUAGCGUCGGAUCAAAUGAUUCUCACACUCGCAUUCUAAACCACCCUGGAAUGAAGCGUGUGAACAAUAACUACACUGUUGCCCAGAGUGUCAAUCGAGGAAACGUCUCGCAUGGUCUUAGUGAUGAUGCACUGGCACAGGCUCUAAUGGACCCUCGUGUUCCUACAGAGGGGCUUGAGAAUUUUGACGAAUGGACAAUUGAUUUGAGGAAGCUCAAUAUGGGACCAGCGUUUGCACAGGGGGCUUUUGGAAAACUCUACAAAGGUACUUACAACGGUAAGGAUGUUGCUAUCAAGCUUUUGGAGAGGCCAGAAAAUGACUUAGAGAGGGCACACUUGAUGGAGCAACAGUUUCAGCAGGAGGUCAUGAUGCUGGCCACAUUAAAGCAUCCGAACAUAGUUCGGUUUAUUGGUGGAUGUCGUAAACCCUUGGUAUGGUGUAUAGUUACUGAAUAUGCAAAAGGGGGUUCAGUUAGGCAGUUUUUGACAAAGCGGCAGAACCGAUCAGUGCCUUUGAAAUUGGCAGUCAAGCAGGCUUUGGACGUUGCCAGGGGGAUGGAGUACGUGCAUGGGCUUAGCUUGAUCCAUCGGGAUUUGAAGUCUGACAAUCUUUUGAUUUCCGCGGACAAAUCCAUUAAGAUUGCGGAUUUUGGAGUGGCUCGUAUUGAGGUGCAGACUGAAGGAAUGACCCCAGAGACCGGAACAUACCGCUGGAUGGCUCCGGAGAUGAUCCAGCACAGGCCCUACACACAGAAAGUAGAUGUAUAUAGUUUUGGAAUAGUUCUGUGGGAACUGAUAACGGGAAUGCUUCCGUUCCAGAACAUGUCGGCAGUGCAGGCGGCAUUUGCAGUGGUGAACAAAGGUGUUCGUCCAAACAUUCCUAACGAUUGCUUACCUGUUCUAAGUGAGAUCAUGACCCGAUGCUGGGACGGUAAUCCUGAUGUUAGGCCACCCUUUACCGAGGUUGUCAAGAUGCUUGAGAACGCUGAAAUGGAGAUCAUCACUACUGUCCGCAAGGCCCGUUUCAGGUGCUGCAUCACUCAACCUAUGACUGUGGAUUGAUGUGCUGACCAAAAGAGUACCGGACUUAAAUGAGGCAACCACGGAAAAUAACUGGAACUGGUGGAAAAAAGAGAGGGAGAAUGCGAGUUUAUGUCAUCCUUGUGUAUCUAUCAGGGUUAAUUUCUUUCUUCAGAUAGAAAAAGGGGAAAGUUGUGAUCAGAACUUCUUGUUUUUGGUUCCUUUUUACUUGGUUUUUCUUUUCCCUUUUCAAUUUGAUGGAUGAUGUUGCUGGAUGAGUAGUAACAGACGAGAUUGGAUGUGUAUCUAUACUAGCUUUUUCAUGCUAUGUUAAAACUGGUUUAGGAUCUUA